ACCACAAGUUAGCAAGCAAUAGAUACUCUUUUAGCUUUAGCUUUACACACAGAAUCUUAAAUUCCUCAGCCUUGUACAAGGCCAUUUUACCAAAAGAAACCAAAUGGCAGCUGCUUCUGCUUCUCCAAUGGCUAGCCAGCUCAAAAGCCGCUUUUCAUCAUCCAUCACUAGAGGACUUGUUAUUCCUAGAGGCAUUUCUGGUGCUCCAUUUAGAGUUUCUCCUACCAAGAGGAGUUCUUGUUUUACUGUCAAGGCCAUUCAAUCAGAAAAGCCAACCUUCCAAGUGAUUCAACCAAUCAACGGUGACCCAUUCAUUGGAAGCCUUGAGACUCCAGUAACAUCAAGCCCAUUGAUAGCCUGGUACCUCUCCAACUUACCUGCCUACAGAACAGCAGUUAGUCCACUUCUUCGCGGUGUCGAGGUCGGGUUAGCCCAUGGGCUACUCCUAGUAGGCCCAUUUGUGAAGGCAGGUCCAUUAAGAAACACAGAGUAUGCAGGAGCAGCAGGGUCACUGGCAGCUGGAGGUCUUGUUGCGAUACUAAGCAUUUGCUUGACAAUGUAUGGAGUUGCACAAUUCAAUGAAGGAGAACCAUCAACAGCUCCAAGCCUAACUUUGACCGGAAGGAAAAAGGUGCCUGACCAGUUGCAAACUGCUGAUGGAUGGGCUAAGUUCACUGGAGGGUUCUUUUUUGGUGGAAUUUCUGGUGUCAUUUGGGCUUAUUUCCUUCUCUAUGUUCUUAAUCUUCCUUACUUUGUAAAGUAGAAGGUUUUUGUAUUUUUUAUUAUCACCCUCUCUCAAACCUCUUGUCAAUUUGUAUCUACUAUUUCGCUAUGAAAACUGCAUAUUUCUGUCUCUAUUGCA